ACUAAUCCCUGUCUUGGGAGGUUUUAAGUCAAAACCCUAUUUCUGUUGUUCUCACCGGCGGCGAAACAUUUAGGGUUUGAAGAUGAAGAACUUGAAGCUCUACUGGGAGGUCCCGUUGGAUCUCCGAUUACACUCCGACGACGAAACUCUCCGAUUCUCCGCCGUCGACAUCGAGCGCAACCGCCUCUUCUUCCUCUCUUCCCACAAUUACAUCUACACUUCACAUCUCUCCGCCUUCCACGAAAAAGAAGCUUGGAGUAAAACCUCACUACCUGCAGAUGUUGGCACCGUUGAUCUCGAACCAGGGGACACUGUUACUUCCUUUGAUUAUGUCAUGGAGAAAGAAGCGCUUCUUCUCGGAACUUCAAACGGGCUUCUGUUGCUUUAUAAUGCGGACACGAAUGAAACCCAGGUUGUUGGCAACGUGGAUGGUGGUGUUCACUGUGUUUCCCUUAGUCCUGAUGGGGAACUCCUUGCCACGGUAACUGGUUAUGGCCAGGUUCUGGUCAUGACCCAUGAUUGGGAUUUGUUGUAUGAGACGUCGCUCGAAGAUGAUGAAGGCUAUCACAUAAAUGAAGAAAACUUUGUGCUAAGUCAGAGUGAGCAGCGUCCUAUAUCUUGGCGAGGAGAUGGGAAGUACUUUGUUACGAUGAGUGGUGUGUGUGGUUCUGAUUCACUGCUCAGGAAAAUUAAGGUUUGGGAAAGAGAUUCAGGGGCGUUGCUUGCUUCUUCAGAGCUAAAAGCUUUUGCUGGAGCAGUUUUGGAGUGGAUGCCCAGUGGUGCUAAAAUUGCAGCUGUUUAUGACAGAAAGGCUGAAAAUGAAUGUCCCUUCAUUGUUUUCUUCGAGAGAAAUGGAUUAGAAAGGAGCAAAUUUAGCAUCAAUGGAGGAAUUGAUGCAAAAGUGAAAUUUCUCAAGUGGAAUUGCAGUUCUGAUCUUCUUGCAGGUGUUGUUGAAUGUGAGAAUUAUGAUUCUAUCAAGAUUUGGUAUUUUAGCAACAAUCACUGGUACCUGAAGCAUGAAAUUAGAUACUUGAAGCAAGAUGAAGUCAGGAUCAUCUGGAAUCCAGUAAAGCCUUUACAGUUAAUUUGUUGGACUGUUAGUGGUCAGGUCACAGUUUACAACUUUGUCUGGUUCUCAGCUGUUACGGACAAUUCCAUCGCACUAGUCAUUGAUGGCUCCAAAAUUCUUGUAACCCCACUUUCCUUAUCCUUAAUUCCGCCUCCUAUGUACUUAUUCAGCCUGAAAUUUUCUUCUCAUGUCCGUGGUAUGGCAGUAUAUUGCAAAAACUCUAAGAAUCAGUUAGCUGCAUUUCUUUCAGAUGGUAACUUAUGUGUUGUAGAGCUUCCAUCAAUUGAAACCUGGGAAGAUCUAGAGGGGAAGGAAUUCCGUGUUGAAGCCUCUCAUGCUGAAUUGGUUUUUGGAUCCAUUUUACAUCUUGCAUGGUUGGAUUCCCAUACGCUAUUAGCUGUUUCACAUUAUGGUUUCAGUCAUAGUAAUGGCUUACUCCAAACCUCAAUGAAUGAGGGAGGACUUAGAGGCUUCUAUUUGCAGGAAAUAGAACUUGAAUGUUCUGAGGAUUUUGUUCCAGAAUUACUGACGUGCUCUGGCUGGCAUGCAACAGUUUCAAAGCAAAAUACAGUUGAAGAGCUGGUUGUUGGUGUUGUUCCAAAUCCUGCUAGUAAAUGUUCUGCUUAUAUGCAGUUUCCUGGGGGGGAAAUCAAUGAGUAUGUAUCAAGAAUAGGGAUUGGUGGAGGAUCACUAGACCUAAAGCAUCUAGGUUUUUCUGCAGCCUGCCCUUGGAUGAGUGUAACACUAGUUGGUAGUGCUGGCUCAUCAAAACCAGUGCUUUUUGGACUAGAUGAGAUUGGCAGACUGCAUGCUGGCGGGGGGAUAAUUUGCAACAACUGUAGCAGUUUCUCAUUUUACUCAAAUUUGGCAGAUCAAGUUAUCACACAUCUAAUUCUUACGACUAAACAAGAUUUGCUUUUCAUUGUUGACAUGGUCGAUGUAUUCAAUGGGGAGUUGUUCUCAAAGUAUGGGAAUUUUGUCCAAACUAACAGCAGAAAAAAAGAAGAAAAUGAAAACUACAUAAAUAUCUGGGAGAGAGGUGCUAAAAUUGUUGGAGUUUUACAUGGAGACGAGGCUGCCGUUAUACUGCAAACUACUCGGGGAAACCUAGAAUGUAUAUACCCCAGAAAAUUGGUUCUGGUUUCUAUCAUUAAUGCCUUAGUUCAAAAGCGCUUUACAGAUGCAUUAGUUAUGGUUAGGAGGCAUAGGAUAGAUUUCAAUGUAAUUGUCGAUUACUGUGGUUGGCAAACAUUUUCCCAGUCAGCUUCUGAGUUUGUCAGGCAGAUUAACAAUUUGGGUUACAUAACUGAGUUUGUUUGUUCGAUAAAGAAUGAAAAUGUCAUAGAUAAACUCUACAAAAAUCAUAUAUCUGUUCCCUGUCCCGAGAUUGCUAAUGCUAUGCUAGUUGGAGACCUCCAGAAUUGCCCUGCUGAUAACAAGGUUUCUUCCAUUCUGAUGGCCAUAAGGAAAGCACUUGAGGAUCACUGUACAGAAAGUCCUGCGAGAGAGCUUUGCAUCUUGACCACUCUAGCACGAAGUGAUCCUCCAUUACUUGAAGAUGCUCUAAAGAGAAUAAAAGUUAUCCGUGAACAGGAAUUGUCUCAUGCUGAUGACCAGAGGAAAAUGUCUUGCCCUUCUGCUGAAGAAGCUUUGAAACAUCUUUUGUGGUUAGCCGAUCCUGAUGCUGUCUAUGAAGCUGCCUUGGGUCUUUAUGAUUUAAAUCUUACAGCUAUUGUGGCAUUGAAUGCUCAGAAAGAUCCAAAAGAAUUUCUUCCUUUCUUACAGGAAUUGGAGCAUAUGCCUACGCUGUUAAUGCAAUAUAAUAUUGACCUUAGGCUGAAAAGGUUUGAAAAGGCGCUCAGACACAUUGCUUCUGCUGGAGAUUCUUAUUAUGAUGAUUGUAUGGCACUUGUGAAAAAAAACCCUCAACUUUUUCCACUGUCUCUUCAACUUUUUACUGACCCUGCCAAGAGGAUGCCGUUCCUUGAGGCAUGGGGCGAUUAUCUUACUGAUAAAAAGUGCUUUGAAGAUGCUGCAACAAUGUAUUUGUCCUGUUUCAAUCUGGAUAAGGCUAUGAAGUCUUACCGUGCGGUCAAUAACUGGAGUGGGGUGCUUACAGUUGCUGGGUUCCUCAAUCUGGGAAAGGAUGAAGUACUGCAUCUUGCCGGUGAGCUUUGUGAAGAACUUCAAGCACUGGGUAAACCUGGGGAAGCUGCCAAAGUUGCCCUGGAGUACUGUGGAGAUGUUAACACUGGUGUGAAUUUGUUGAUUUCUGCAAGGGACUGGGAGGAGGCUGUGAGGGUUGUUUUUAUGCAUAGAAGAGAGGACUUAAUUAAAGCAGUGAAGGACGCAUCUGGGGAAUGUGCCAGCACACUUAUCAAUGAAUAUGAGGAAGGGUUAGAGAAAGUGGGGAAGUACUUAGCCCGUUACUUGGCUGUUCGACAGAGAAGAUUACUUCUUGCAGCAAAGCUCAGGUCUGAGGAACGUGCAGCCAGUGAUAUUGAUGAUGAUGCCGCUUCAGAAACCAGCAGCAAUUUUAGUGGAAUGAGUGCAUACACCACAGGGACCAGGAAAAGUUCUGCUGCUUCUACCUAUUCAACUGCAACCACAAGGGCAAGAGACGCUAGGCGUCAAAGGAAAAGAGGAAAAAUCCGUCCUGGGAGUGCUGAUGAGGAGAUGGCCUUAGUGGAGCAUUUGAAAGGAAUGUCUCUAACAGUGGAAGCUAGACGUGAGCUGAAAUCUUUGUUGGUUUCCCUUAUGAUGUUUGGAGAGGGUGAAAUUGCAAGGAAGCUACAGCAAAUGGGGGAGAACUUCCAAUUUUCUCAUAUGGCAGCAGUUAGAUUAGCUGAAGAUACAAUAUCCAAUGAUACCAUAAAUGAGCAAGCACAUACGCUAGAGCAAUAUACCCGAAAAGUAAAGGUUGAAAUGCACAAUUUAGAGGCUCUCUCAUGGAGGAUAAAAGUUUUUUUGCCCUACGAGUGAACUUAACAAAUUAAGAUAGAAAUUUUCUGCUUGGAGUUUGAUGAUGUUGGUGCGUUUGGGUUUUUAGUUGUUUCUGGGUUUAAAAGGAUGUGGGUGGAUGAUGAAGACGAAGAGGAUGAAGGUGGAUGAAAAUUAUGAAGGUUUAUCUUUCUUUAAGGUCUUGAAUCCAUUCAGAACUAUGACUGUGUAAUUCCGCUGAAUUUAUUGUUAUCAUUGUAUAACGAAAAUUAUCUUGUAAGUUAGGGAAACAUGAAUAAUUUUUUUUACGAAUAAAUGAAUUAAAAUAACAUUGUUGGAA